AUGCAUCGUGGUGGAGGCGGCGGGCGCAAAACCCUUCUUGCUCCCAUUCAUUUUAUCUUCAGCCUCCUCCAAAAGCGAUCCACCGUCUCGAUAUGGCUGUAUGAGAACCUGCGCACGCGUAUCGAAGGCAAGAUCAGGGGCUUUGACGAAUUCAUGAACCUGGUCAUUGAUGAUGCAGUUGAGGUCCAACUAGCUACAAGAGAUGGGCCUGAAAAAAGACGGCAGCUUGCAGGUCAAAUAUUACUCAAGGGCGACAACGUCUCGUUAAUCCAAUCUUUGGAUUGA